AUGGGUAUUUACAGCAAGUUGGCAGAUGACAUCCAAGAGGUGGAUGUGAUCAUCGCAGGAGGCGGCACAGCAGCAUGCACACUCGCCGGACGUCUUGCAGACUCGGACCCGGGUCUUUCGAUCCUCGUCAUUGAGGGUGGCACGAAUAACCGGGACGUGCCCAGCGUCGUCCACCCGGCCUUCUUCCUUGACCACCUCGCCCCGGACAGCAAGACCGCCAUCUUCUACCAGGGCAAAAAGUCCGACAAGCUGGCAGGGCGCAGUCCCAUCGUCCCAGCAGGAGGGAUCCUCGGCGGCGGUUCCUCGAUAAACUUUAUGCUUUACGCGCGCGCUCAGAAAUCAGACUAUGAUUCAUGGCGAACCCCGGGCUGGUCGGCCGACGACCUCCGCCCGUACCUCAACCGCUUCGAGACGUACCACGGCAACGGCGACCCUUCGCACCACGGCGACUCUGGCCCGGUGCAUAUCUCGUCCGGCGGGUUCCGCGUGAAAGACGCCGAGGACGACAUCCUCGCCGCGGCGAAGCAGACCGGGUACCCCGAGAUCCGGGACCUGCAGAACCUCGACACGAACAACGGGUAUGAGAGGUGGAUGAGGUACGUCUCGCCGGAAGGCCGGCGGCAGGACGCCGCGCACACGUUCCUGCACCCACGUCUGGAGGACGGCAAGCACCCCAACCUGCACGUCGUGGUGGAGUCCAAGGUCAUCCGCGUCCUGUUCGACGACAACAAGCGCGCCAUCGGCGUGGAGUACACGCCGAACCCGCAGUACCAGGCUGUCCUGAGCACGACGAAGCAUCCCGUCCAGACCGUGCGCGCGAGGAAGAUGGUCGUCCUCUCGUGCGGCGCCUGCGGGACCCCUAGCGUCCUGGAACGGUCCGGCCUGGGCGACAAAAAGGUCCUGGACAAGGCGGGCGUGCCCGUCGUCGCGGAUCUACCGGGCGUGGGGCACGACUACCAGGACCACCACCUGCUCUUGUACCCGUACAAGACUGCGUUGAAGCCGGAAGAGACGUUGGAUGACAUCUUGAGCAGGCGCAUCAGCCACGAGGAGGCGAUCGAGAGGAAGCACAAGAUGCUCGGUUGGAAUGGCGUCGACAUUGUCAGCAAGAUCCGACCCUCGGAAGAGGAGGUCAAGGCCCUUGGUCCCGAGUUCGAGAAGGCCUGGGAGAAGGACUUCAAGAAUGACCCCAACCGGCCGCUCAUGCUCAGCGGCUUUUUGCACGGAUAUCUCGGAGACCACUCCGCCAUCCCUCAAGGCCAAUACACAACCGCCGCAAACUACACCGCGUACCCCUAUUCCCGCGGCAGUAUCCACAUCACUGGCCCCUCCCUCGAAGACCCCGUCGAUUUCGACACUGGCUUUUUCAACGACCCGGACGACCUCGACCUCAAGAAGCAGGUAUGGGCCUACAAGCACUCGCGAGAGGUCACCCGCCGGACGGCCCUCUACCGCGGCGAGGUCGCCGGCGGCCACCCCUCCUUCCCCGCAGGAUCCAAGGCCGCGCUCGUCGACUCAGUCUCGCCCGGCGCGCACAAGAACGUGACGCCGCUCGAGUACUCCGAGGCGGAUAACAAGGCGAUCGAGCAGUUUCUGCGGGAGAACGUGAACACAACGUGGCACUCGCUCGGGACGGCCAAGAUGGCGCCCCGGGAGGAGCUGGGCGUCGUCGACUCGUCGCUCAGCGUGUACGGCGUCGACGGGCUCAAGGUUGUGGACCUGAGCAUCGUGCCGGAGAAUGUGGCCGCAAACACGAACAACACAGCGUUUGUGGUUGGCGAGAAGGCGGCGGAUAUCAUUGCGAACGAGCUGGGCCUCUCGGUCCCGCCAAAAUUGUAG